GAUACUACACUGAACUGUGUGUUCUCCGUCUAGUUCGCUUCCCUGCAUUUUCGUGAUCGCCAACCAGGAUUUACGCCAUAGAUAGACAAGCUUAAAUGAUGAUUCUGGUUAGAUCUGUUAGGCUCAGUCGACGGCCAUUUCGGUGGAUGAUUCCGAGCCAAUAUUCAGAUUACUCCACAUCCCCUUCUGCAUCCGCUAUUCAUGCAGAUCGAACCAUCCGAGAAGGACCGAGGACUAAUUGGACAAAGGACGAAGUCAAGUCCAUAUACGAUUCUCCCGUCCUCGACCUUCUCUUUCACGGGGCUCAGGUCCACAGAAAUGCUCACAACUUUAGGGAAGUACAGCAGUGUACUCUAUUAUCUAUCAAGACUGGAGGGUGCAGUGAAGAUUGCUCUUAUUGCCCUCAAUCGUCUAGGUACAAUACAGGGGUGAAUUCCCAAAGGCUUAUGAACAAGGACAGUGUUUUGGAAGCAGCACAUAAGGCAAAGGAAGUUGGCAGUACUCGGUUCUGCAUGGGUGCUGCAUGGAGAGACACAGUGGGAAGGAAGGCUAAUUUCAAGCAGAUCUUGGAAUAUGUAAAACAAAUAAGAGGCAUGGGUAUGGAGGUCUGCUGCACCUUGGGGAUGCUAGAGAAGCAACAAGCUUUAGAACUGAAGAAUGCAGGUCUUACAGCCUACAAUCACAAUCUGGAUACUUCAAGAGAGUACUACCCCAAUAUAAUAUCAACUAGAACAUAUGAUGAGCGAUUAGAGACAAUAAAUCAUGUUCGGGAAGCAGGAAUUAAUGUCUGUUCAGGUGGAAUAAUUGGGCUCGGAGAAGCAGAGGAGGAUCGCAUGGGUUUGCUGCAUACCUUGGCAACACUCCCUGCACAUCCAGAGAGUGUUCCCAUCAAUGCUCUUGUUGCAGUCAAAGGCACUCCCCUUGAAAAUCAAAAGCCAGUUGAAAUAUGGGAGAUGAUCAGGAUGAUUGCUACAGCUCGUAUAAUCAUGCCAAACGCAAUGGUCAGGCUCUCGGCUGGGAGAGUUAGAUUUUCCAUGCCUGAACAGGCCUUGUGCUUCUUAGCCGGAGCUAAUUCCAUUUUCACUGGUGAGAAACUGUUGACUACUCCAAAUAAUGACUUUGAUACGGAUCAGCUCAUGUUCAAGGUACUAGGAUUAGUACCAAAAGCACCCAGCUUUCUUGAUCAAGACACUGAGAAUUGCUCAGAAGAAGCCGCUAUUUCUGGUUCGGCUUGACUGAUCUCUUCCUUAAGGAGCUAGAACAUGAAGAAUAUGAUGUGAACCAUGGUGGUUUAUCCUUUGUGUUGGCCUCUUUACAUGUUCAUCCAAAUGUCAAAAAGAAAAACUAUUGUGAUGUGCAAUGAAUCUCAUAUGAUAGUUUCCUUUUCCUACCCAUCAUAAUUGAUCCCCAUAUAAGUGAUACAAUGUUGCUCUAUUUCUAGGCUCCAUAAUUUUUUAGGAUAUGGUUAGGAUAAUUAUGUUAGUGAAUAAUUAUUAGUAUUUGUUUAUCAUUUAGAUUAAGUCUA